AUGGAAGAUCGCGUGGCAGAGAAUGUGCUUGGCACUCUUGGGGCAGUUUGUUGGUCUAUUCAGCUACUACCACAAAUUAUCAUCAAUUAUCGGAGGCAUGAUACCGAUGGUCUUCAAGGCUCAAUGAUGUUGCUAUGGGCUGCAGCGGGUGUGCCUCUUGGAGUUUACAACAUUGUUGAAGAAUUCAACAUCGCGCUCAGAAUUCAGCCCCAGAUCCUGACGACUUUGAGUUUACUUACUUGGGCACAAUGCCUUUAUUAUGGGAAGAAAUACUCUAUCAGCAAAUGCUGCAUCGCCGUCACAUCUCUUCUGGUAUUGCUUGGUGGCAUUGAAGCAGGAUUGAUUUUUGGCCUCCAAGCAGCGAAAGAUCAGGGUCUUCGCUGGCCUUUGAUCCUCAUGGCAGUGCUGAGCGCAUGCCUUCUUGCUGCAGGUGUCUUGAGACACUACUGGGACAUCUAUGUCCAUAGGACAGUCCGUGGUAUUAGCUUCAUCUUCGUCGGAAUUGAUGCUGCCGGUGACCUUUUCUCUCUGGUCUCAGUUUUGUUUGGACGCAAGAUUGAUAUUCUUGGAAUCGUCAUCUAUGGCACCGAGCUGAUACUUUGGAUCGGCGUAUUCAUAUGCGGUGGCAUAUUCAAUCUCCGGCCUUGGAUCAAAGAGCGUGCCAGUCGUCGAGAUGUCGAUCUACAAGAACCAGUCUCUUUGCAUCCAAUGCCAUCGUCAACGUCGGUGUUUAGGACCGUGUCUGGCAGUCAGGUGAUUGCAAGAAGGCCACGGAACAAUCCAUCUUAA